CUUCACUUGGCCGCGUCGUGCGCUGUCCCUUUCAGCACCGACAACACCGGAGGAGCUGGAGAGGGGUGUGCGCGCGUGCGUCCGUGGAGCGGCACGAGUGGACUUCACGGAAAAGGGGGGAUCGUGCGCAAAAGUACUACAUGUUAGAGAGGACUGUGGAUAGAAAUCAGGCUCCACUGAAGAUGUGACUUGUGGAUUACAGACUCAACUCCCGAACUAGAUUUCUAAUACGCCGCUGCCAUAUUUCUACGCUAUCGCUCUCUUUAUCGCACUGCCUCUUCUGGAAUGUGAUUCGCUCAUGGGGCUUGGCUAGCUCCACCCCUGGGGUCCUUUACCCCUCCCUUUUUGACCAAUAGGAAGGCUCUACUUUUUUUAGUAUUCCCAAAACACAUCCCCAGUUUUGGAAUACCCAUCUGAAAGCCCCCUUUAGGAUCACCUUGGCUCUUGUUUGGUAAUCAUUCGUUGAUCAUGGAACCACAGUGGCACCCAACUUCCUACCCGCAGUCACCUUCUGUUGUCUUCCUGCUCAUGGCUACUUCCUACACUUGGCUCCUUCCAGCCGCCUCUCCUCAGCGGAUCCCAACAGACCCCCAGGCGGCGCCUGAGUAUGCCCACUCCAUCCGACUGGAUGGAGACAUCAUCCUUGGCGGAUUAUUUCCUGUGCACUCUAGAGGGGACCGCGGCACACCCUGCGGGGAAUUGAAAAAGGAAAAGGGCAUCCAUCGUUUGGAGGCCAUGAUGUUUGCCAUUGACCUGAUCAACAAGGACCCAGAGCUGCUGCCCAACAUCACACUGGGGGCCCGGAUCUUGGAUACCUGCUCCAGGGACACGUAUGCUCUGGAGCAGUCCCUGACUUUUGUGCAGGCCUUGAUAGAGAGGGACGGCUCUGACGUCCGCUGUGCUAACGGAGACCCUCCGAUCUUCACCAAGCCGGAUAAAAUUGUAGGGGUGAUAGGAGCCGCGGCCAGCUCGGUGUCUAUUAUGGUGGCUAACAUCUUGCGUCUGUUUAAGAUCCCCCAGAUCAGCUACGCCUCCACGGCCCCAGAACUGAGUGACAACACUCGCUACGACUUCUUCUCCCGCGUGGUCCCGCCAGACUCCUACCAGGCCCAGGCCAUGAUGGACAUUGUCACGGCAAUGGAGUGGAACUACGUGUCCACGCUAGCCUCAGAAGGAAACUACGGAGAGAGCGGCGUGGAGGCCUUCGUCCAAAUCUCCAGAGAAACGGGUGGUGUGUGUAUUGCCCAGUCAUUGAAGAUCCCUAGGGAGCCCAGGCCAGGGGAAUUUGACAAGAUCAUCAGACGCCUGCUGGAAACCUCAAAUGCCAGGGCCAUCAUCAUGUUCGCUAAUGAGGACGACAUACGGCGAGUUUUGGAUGCAGCUAAAAGGAACAACCAGACUGGUCACUUCCUGUGGGUUGGGUCAGACAGCUGGGGGUCCAAAAUCUCUCCUGUGAUUGGCCAGGAGAGAGUGGCUGAGGGGGCUAUUACGAUUCUUCCCAAACGAGCAUCCGUGGAUGCGUUUGAUCGAUAUUUCCGUAGCCGCUCGCUGUCCAACAACAGAAGAAAUGUUUGGUUCGCUGAAUUCUGGGAGGAAAACUUCAACUGUAAGCUGGGGAUGCACGGUAAACGGCCUGGUAGCCUGAAGAAAUGCACAGGUUUAGAAAAAGUUGGCCGUGAUUCCAGUUACGAACAAGAAGGGAAGGUUCAGUUUGUGAUGGAUGCGGUGUACGCCAUGGCCCAUGCUCUGCACCGCAUGCACAGGGAGCUUUGCUAUGGAUACCCAGGCCUCUGCCCGCGCAUGGCCAACAACAUCGACGGCAAAGAGCUGCUCAGCUACAUUCGUGCUGUCAACUUCAAUGUUUUGCGUGGAAUACAUAUGGGCAAGAGAGUAGGAGAGCAAGAGAUAGAGACAAGGAGUCUUAUUGUGAGGAUUACAGAAAAGCUUUUCUGAUUUAGCUUCAGAGG